GUGAGAGAGAAUAAAUGAGUAAGUGUCCCGUUGGUUGAUGCGGUGCCGAUGCACCCAUAUGCCAUGGACGGCAUCGCAUCUUCUCUAGACACACCAUACAUAGGAGCUGUCAGUCAGUUAGUUGACAAACACACAUGACACACACACGUCACGUCAGUACCAACAUGAAUGGCACACUGCACACACGCACACACCUCACACUACAUCAUCCAUCAAGGAGACCAACGACCACUACACAGGACGAGGAGAGAACCACACUCACUCACAGCCAAACAUUUCUGUAGUCACAGAAGGAGCAAGCAAGGGCAGACCGACUGGUCAGUCAGCAGCGGGUCGAGCCCAACCAAGGCUACUCAAAACACAGAAUUCAGCAGCCAGACAGACAGCACCAAUUAUCAUCUGUGUGCCUUUCGAUGUCAAGUGUGUGUGUGUGUGUGUGUGUGGCCUGUCCUGUGACCUGAGCCGACUCCCAUUUAGAGCUGCUACCCCUCGUGUGUCGUUGGUGCAGUGCACCCAUACCUAUCUAUCUACCGAUGGAUCUAAGUGUGUGCCGAUGCGAUUAAAUAGCCAGCCUCCAUUCCGUACGCACGCACGCAGUGAGGAAGCAAGUUGGUCAGUCUGUCAGUCAGUCGACAAGAGAGAGCCAGGAAGGCAGACAAGACAAGCAGCGAGACAUACACAUACAUCUAUCUAUCGACAGCAGGCAGGACACCAGGCAGGCAGGCAGCCGCUAGCUAUGUACAUCACCCACCCCCUCCCUCCCUCCCUCCCUUCGUCAAUCCAUCCAUCCAUCCCUCAGCACUCCCCAAAUCCCCAUGAACCCCCAAAGGCAGGAUUAGACCUCGCCAGCACCUCUCCAUGUUUGCCGAUAGCCUCCGCCUGGUACCACCAACACCGGUCAGGCGGCAGGCCCCCCUCGAUCACCGUCAGGUGCUCAAAAUGCCCGGCGAAGUGCGUCCGCAUCAGCUGGUUUGGGUGGCGUGUUGGCCCCUGGUACACCCGCCACUGCGCGACCUCCGUGGCCCCGUUCCAGCUGUAGUGGAGCUGCGGCGGGUCUGCCUCCAGAUUGAGCACCAAAGUGGGGGGCUCGACGGGCCGGCCGGUCCACGGCAGCUUCAGGGCGCGGUACGACGACUCGUUCUUGACGAACUCGAACUCGACCAGCUUGUUGCCGGCCGCAUCGACCUCGCUCCACACGGGCAGCUUGACGGGCUUCCCGACGCCGCCCCAGGCGAUCCCGAAGUUGCCGUUGUCGAAGUGCUGGACGCUCCCCGUGGCAAAAGCGAAUCGCUUCUUCUCCUCCGCCACCUCCCAGACCUUCUCAGCCGUCAUGCUGGCCUGGUCGACGGCGUACAUGACGGCUCGUGAGUACUGCGGGCUGGCUUGAUUGCCGUUGUCGAACAGGGUGAUGUACUUGCCGUCAGGGGAGAUGCGCACGUCGUGCUGGUGGGAGAAGGGCCGGAGGUCGUCCGUCACCUUGAAGUCGCUGUCUUUGCCGCCGAACCUCCAGACGAGUUUGCCUGUGGUGCGGUCGACUUUGUGUGCCUGGUCGAAGUGCCUGAAGGAGAUGAGGAUGUUGCCGUCGGGCGUCCAGUCGAUGGCAUUCAUGUGGAUGUGGUCGACGUAGUCCUCCGUGAGCAGCUGCUUGGCCUCGGUCGUCUCAAGGCUGUCAGGCAUGUAGUCCCAGCUGCGCCACUCAAAGACCUGACAAACAAACAUACAAACACACCAGAGAGACACACAACACGUGUGCAAGGCCCCGACUCUCUCUCUCUCUCUCGUGUGUGUGUGGCUUACCACGUUGCCCUGUGGGUCAAUCUCUUGCACAAUAGCCCCCGCGACUCUCGCCUCCUUCUUGCCUCCGUCGACGACGCCAGAGAGGUCGAACAUUUCGCUGUCGUAUAUCAUGAUAAGUGCGCUGCCGUCCUCCUUGAGCUGGAAGCCAUGAGGGUUGGCCCAGUACCCAUGGCCGGGGAAGAUCUGCCGGACCUCUGUGUACGUGUCGUCGAGCUCCACAAAGGUGCCCUCGCCGACGUCAUGGUAGGUCAGGGUGUUGGAGCGGACCUGCUUCUUGAAGUCCAUGAUGGUCCACCCAAACAUGGGAUUCAGCUCCUUGUACCACACCGGCUCGCCAGUGGUGGUCUUGAGGAUCAUCAGGUAGGGGUGCCAGUCGACGUCCCGCGGCCAGCCGAUGUUGCUCACGAACAGGUAGCCGUCGCUGAUGUGUCCGUGGGGUGCAACUGUCACGUUCAUCUCGGGGUAGGUGGCCGGCAGGGUCUUGUAAUGAGCGGGCGGCAGGUGGAGCCUGUCGCUCUCCUCACCGGGCGGCGGUGUCGUCACCUCCGCCUCGUAAGUGACGGUGUCCUCAUACUCUGCCGGGGGCGGGGUGGUCUUCUCGCCGCUGCCGGGCUUCUCGGCCACGAGCUGCCCGCUGCCAUCGACGUUAUCCUCGUCACCAGGGUAGAUGUCAUUGGCAGCGUUUGGGACGGUGUCGUCCUCCUCGAUGGGCGUCUGCAGGGCGAUGGCAAUCAGGUUGUGGCCGUCGUCACUCACACCGACGUGAGGCUUCAGCUUGGCGCCCUGGUGGGGCUUGACCGUGUCAAAGAAGGGCUCUAGAGGGCCGUCGUCACUAGCCAGACUCCGAUGCAGGUCGUUCAUAGUGCGUGCGAGGGCGGCCCUCUCCUCCUUGUCAAGCGAAGACGCCGAUGCGUCGAGCUGUCGUCGAGAGGUGGGCACGCCAUAGUUGCCUGGGUACUCGACCGGCAUGCCAUGGGGCACGCUCCCCUUGGCCAUCCUCUCCCCCCUCGACACGUGUAUGACGGUGCUGCGGUCCUUGCGGAAGGUGUCCAGGCUCUUCGUGGUCACCCUGAACUGCCACGUGUAGCCGUCCAGGGUCUUGCCAUCCUCCGUCUGCAGGCCGGGCGACACCGUCACCCUCACCAGCUCCCCGGGCGCCAGGGGAUCCUGCGGCUCGAACAGCAGGGUCUUGUUGUCGUGUGAGAGCUUCUUCUUCCCCUUGUGCACGCCGCUCUUGUCGCCAACCACCUCAAUCACUGGUCCCAGUGUCUGGGCGAAGGCCGCGCCGGCCCGAAGGGCAAUGGUCGUCAAGGGGGAGACAAACGUCGCACUUGGUCGAGGGUUGACGUAUGCGAAGGGGCCGAACGGGCCUCCCACUUGAACAGUGACGCCCUCGCGCAGGUCUUGCAGUGAGCGGCUCCGGAAAGAUGGCGCCGCUUCGGCAGCGACCCACGCAAGGACGAUUGUCACAAAGCCCCUCAUCUCAGCGCAGCCAGCCUUCGGAACGCUUCACGUCCCAGCUAAGGUGC